AUGUACCAUGUGACGUCAUCCCUGGUACUGCUCACCGUGCUCUUUGGAGCCGGGGCAAGUCUUUUCGAGCACCACUCCAACGUAACCACUUUCGACUUUACAAAUAGUGAGUUUUAAUUGUUAUCGAAGGUCUUCUAUGAGGAGUAUUAUGGUAUGAUUUAUUUAGGAGUUCAAAACCACGUCAUUUAACUGAUAAAAUUGAAAUUUUCUUGUUUUCAAGACUGUUUUGAACCAUCUUCACUUACAUUAUUUGCAUGUUAAAGUUCAUCAUAAAAUAAAAGAGAAUCCUUUACUUCAACUCUUUAUUCGCAUUUGACACGGAAUUUUUGGAAAGCAAAACUAAAAAAAAAUUAUCUAUAGUCUGUGUGUCACGACUUCAAAUUUCACGGAACGAUAUUCCGCUGUUGCGCUGCGUGUGGUCGCGAAGCGUCUUUCGAAUCUCGGUCACGCUUUCAAUUGAUUGGUAUUGCUUUGGGAGCACAUGAAAGUAGAGUACCUUAAUAAAAGAAAAAAAAAAAAUUAAAAGCGCGACCAAGGUUCGUAAAGGCGCGCAGCGGCACAGCGGAAUGUCGUUCCGUGAAAAUCCAAAUCGGGGUAACAAAGGCUAUAUAUGUAAAUGUUUCCUGAUUACAUUAUUCAAAAACACCGUUUCAAGACCUUUUCUGAAUCGACUCAAAAACAAAGAAUUCAGAACUACACCAGUACGCUUUUGAUCGUGAGGACAAGGUCGUAAUCUUAUACAACUACGGUUCCGCGAUUCUUCUGGGUGGCAGGUGAGGCACUCACCUUCAACAACACACACGCCUAGAUUUUUCAGAAAUGUAGCGAUUAACGUGAGUCUGACAAGUCUGAAGGCCGUCAAUAGGUACAGCUGGAAGACGAGCGAUUCUGCACGACGCAACUGCCAACUGAUCAGCAGCACAUCCUGUGACAACUUCCUGCGCACUUUCUUCGAGUUGCCCAACGGACAAGCCUUCGUCCUCUGCGGCACGCACGGCCUUCAUCCCCAAUGCGCCGAGUUCGUCGUUGGAAGUUCUGGUUUGUAUUCCAUCGGAAAUUUCAACUUUCCUCAUACUUGGAAAGAUUACUCUUUUUAUUGACAUCAUGAAAAAACAAUCCUCGCAAAGUCCUAAGAAAAUAUCUCUCGAAGUUUUUUUUUUGAUGAAGCUGAGAUUUUUUUAACUUUGUUUAUAAAUAAGUGAAAGAGUACAGGAUCUCUAAUUGGUAUAUCCAGUAUUUUUUUCCCAUUUCAAAACGAUUUCGUGAUUGGUUAACUUCCAAAGUUCAAAAUUUAAAAAAAGUUGCAGUCCGGAAGUAGGCCUCGACACCUGACUCGCGAUUUUGAAAACUUUCAACAGCUUUUUUUUUUGCAGAUCCUGUUCGUAGCAUUUCUGGCGCCGGGCUCGCUCCAAUUGACGUUGACGCCGUCGCUCCUUUUCUCCACGUUGGGGAUCAGCUUUUCACGGCAAAUGGCAAGAAAAAAAAAUAUUUCUUUCUUCCACGAUCUUUUCAGUUCCUGAACUUUCAUCUUCUGAACCUUUGCUCAUGAGGAGAAGCGUGACCAACAUUGCGCGAGGAGUCGAGAACGACCUGAUUUUGCGGACUCCCAGAGGCCAGAGUGCCUUUGAACAAGCUGCUUUCAUUUCGAUGGAGAAGAACGGAGAGGUAAGUUUCGGGAUAAUAGUCUCGAAAUGAAAGGGUCCGGGUGAGUUGUCGGCGAAUUUAUAUAUAGUUCACCCCAACCGCUAAAACUUAUGUUUCCACCUCUUUCAAUAUUAACAUGUCCCCCCUUCAAUAUCUCACAAAACCUUUCAAUUGACACGUUCCAACUUCUCUGCACUCUCUUUCUAUAUCUUUCACUUUUUCUUCGGUUUUCAUUUUGAAGCCAGCUUUGUCUGCAGGAGGUGCUGUCAUUCUUCUCGGAGACGCCGUUGGACUCGGAUGGGUGUGGCUUGCAAAGAGUGGCACGCGUUGGACGCGUUUGUCGCGGAGAUCCCGGCGGAAAGUUGUUGCUCAUAAGGUGAAAGAAGUAACCUGAGUUCUUCUCAGGCUCUCAUACUCCAAAGAGUGGACUUCGUUCACGAAAGCGCGCUUGGAGUGCGCCAUCGAGGAGGUCGACCAAGACACCCUCCAUUUCAACCAGGUAGGUCUUUUCUCAACCUCAAGACUGACCACCCACCUCAGCUCUCGUCUGUUUCGGCUGCUCGUGACUUCUUUUAUGGCGCAUUCCGAUCGCAGUUGGCCGGCAUUGGAGCUUCUGCGGUAUUUUAGUACUUUGGACAACCUUCCAGUCGGAAUUUCAGGUGUGUCGCUUCGAAAGACGUCACAUCUCUAUGUCUUUGGCGACGGCGUACAAAUCGACGAACCGUGUCCUCGCAGAAUCGUGUCCUCGAGCUUCGACUCUCGAAGAAUUCAGCUCGCUCAGACUGCGUCCACUCAUCAAACAAAGUCAGUGGACCGCAGAGAACUUCUUUCAAGAAUCUUUUGCAGAGAUCUCGGCGAAGCCAUCGUUUGUAUACUACGGAAAAGAUCGUUUCAUCCAUAUUUUAACACAGGAAAACGUCACAGGUAAUUCGGAAAAAAAUAUAGUUCUAGUAUAAAAAAAUCAGAUUUUUAAUGGACGACGUUAUGAUGUGCUCUUCAUAGCGACGGACAAGGGGAACAUCUUCAAGGUUAUCAUGAGCAAUAACAGCGCCAUUGGGCCGUUUUCUCGUCACGCAGUCACCAUGCAUGUUUUGCCUGUGAGUUUCAAAACCUACCAAAAAUUUGAUUUUUUUUUUCUUCAAACUAUUUCAAGCAACCAUCUCAAGCUAUCUGAAAAGCAGUUAAGCUUCGACUGCAACAAAGGCCUGUUUGAAAGACUGUAGCGUUUCUCAUGCCACGUUCAAAGUAAUUUCGAUGUAGUUCAAAAUCAUGUUACCAAGGAAUACUUUAUUUUCGCAGUGGAACUUAUGAAUGAGAGUUUAGUGACCUAGUUCACUAGAUCUAAUUUUUCACACCGUUUCGAAACCUGGUAUCAAAGAAUACCACGAAGGUCUGUGAAAAAAAGUUGUGCCAAAGACCAAUAACUUCAACUUUUCGACUAAGCUUUGAUUCAUAGUGAAUAUAGAUCUUGUCCCUCUUGCAACAGAAACCCAUUUCUUUUUUUUUCAAAAAAGUCCUAAGCCUAGAAAUGGCUUUUCAAAUAUUUUUCCUUCUAUCGAGGUCACCUACCCGUUUGAAGGCAAACACGAAGGUUCUGUCGAUGAUGAUCCACACAGAAGCUUUGCCCAACCAGAUGAAGCGACAGCACCUUGUCGUCGUCACGAGCCAAAGCGUUCGUUCAGGCUCUAACUCGAUUAUAUUUCUUCCCUAGGUCGUGAAGCUGAGGACAGCGGCUUGCAGCGAGGCUGACAGUUGCGCCUCUUGUCUCGCGAUGGGAGAUCCCGACUGCGCCUGGAUCAACGAGGACGGUUGCGUGCACGUCAGCGAGAACUGGAGGUGCUCCCAUUCUUCAACGGAUAGUGGAAGAGGAGUUCUGAUUUCAGCAGGAAGAAACAUGCGACGCAGGACAGCGGCGUCUGUCCACUCAGUCAUCACAGAGAACCGUUUCGUCUGGCUCCGAACAAGGCCCCUGGUUGGUCUUUUUCUCGUUCAUCUUUUUUUUGUCUUACAAUUCGAAAAAAAGUGUAGAAUGCAAAGAACAAAGGUUUUCAAUGAACUAGGGUAGUACUCAAAACCAAGAAUAAGUGAUUGACUUACAUAGAAGUUAAAAUUAUGCUUCAAUCAAUAGUUCUUUUCUUUCAAAGCUCUUCAUUUUUUAAAUAUAUUUCUCAUAAGACUCCUAACUAUUCUCAAGCGACUUCAUCAACCUAGUUUUGUGUGCUCCCUCAAUUUCGCAAACUUUCUCUGAGUAUCAUGAAUUAAAAUUUCCACCACGAAGCUUCUUUUCGUUGUGAUUUUCGAAAGUUUGAUACUUACGUCUUCCCAAUUUUUACUAGAAACUAUUGAGAUACGGCACCGAUGUGUCUUUGCAAGGAGGCGGAGACGAUACCAUCCACGACGGAAGUCAUUCACCGCGACACCGUCGUUCGAGAAGUCUCCUCCGCAGGUAGGACCAUAUUUGGUUUGGAAACGGAUGAAGUCUUUAGGCGACAUCUGGAUGGGCGUCGCAGCCUUUUCAUCGGGACUGCUCGUUUCCGCCGUCUUUUUCAUCUGCUUCGACAGAACGUUAGUCUGCACGAUGUGAACUUCCACUAACUUGUCUUCUGUCGAGUGUUCAGGCAUGCCAAGUGUCCAACUAUGCUAACACUUAACACAGACGCUUAUGAAAACUUGUCGGUGUCCUCGAAGUUCGAAAAGUCCAAGUGGAGCACCUUUUUGUGUCCUGGAUCCCGUCACACAGGCGAUUCUGCUCGGGAAUGAUGUUUGGCUUAAUCGUUGGUUACAUAUAUUAUACCUUAACAAUUGAAAUUUCGAAAAUAAUGUUUUUUUUAAAUAAAUUUUUUUGUUUCUUUUGGUUUCAUCAAUUUUACGGCUAGUCUUGCAACCACAUAAUUUUUUUAACAUUAAAAAUAUAUAUAAAGUUUCUUCAGGAACUUUGCAACUUAGGAAAUUGGACUCUCCGAUGCACCCCAUUCAAAUCAUGAAAUAAACUUAGAAAUUUAAUGAGCUUCUGAGUAAAAAAAUUACUCAUGAUAGAUUUUUCUAUGCCAUUUUGCUAUCGGCGUGUACUUCAAGUCGUCCAUUACCAAAAACUAGAAGUUUUCCAAAGUACGUAUUUUUUAGAAUCUUUAUCCUUUACAUCACGGUGUGUUUUAGUCGAUUUUAAUCAUUCAUCCUCUUCAUACCGUUUUUUCCGUCUUUCUUCAUUUUCUCCCCAGCUUUUUUAAAAAAUCAUUCUUCAGGAAGUCAGAAAAGAAGUCGCCGACGCCAUCGCUUUCGCCGAUCGACGCCUUUUCUUCGACUUCUCAACUUCAUCGCCAACUGUCAAGUCCCUUCGCCUCGAUGCAUUCUUCCAUUCAGACUUACUGUUGACUCUCGCGUAG